GCCCAUUCCCUCAACUGGAAAUGAGGGUGCUGUUGCAAUUUCCUCAUCCAGCCGUUCAACAAAUGGUAUCUAGAAUGUGGGACCCACAGUCCAGAAUCCUGAGGGCUGCUGUUGAGAGCAUCAGGACGCGCCCAGGAGGUCAGGGCGGUGUUCACUCACACGCUGAGCCUGGAGAAAGUUAGACGCCUUCUCCACCGCUGUGGUGGUUAGCAGGGACUUUCCUGAAGGCCAGAGACUGGUGACGUUCAUGCUAUUUUUCCAAGCCAUUUGGUAGCAAAGAACAGAGUGCCAACAAUUCAAGCAUUCUCUCAGGCUGGGAGAGAGACUUGGCUUAUUCAAGAUAGAAAUUGCUGGUGAGGUUGAGACGAGACUGACAUCUCUCAGAGCAGCAGGGGAGAAAGACGGCCCUGAUCAAAAAAGAAUGGGUGUGGUUUCCCAUAAGGAAGCUCUUCUUCCUGCUUGGCUUCCACCUUUAACCCUUCCACCUGGGAGUGUCCUCUAACACAUUCAAACUACAAGUCCAGACCCAAGAGAGCAAGGCCCAGAAAGAGGUCAAAAUGGGGUUUAUAUUUUCAAAAUCUAUGAAUGAAAGCAUGAAAAAUCAAAAGGAGUUCAUGCUUAUGAAUGCUCGACUUCAGCUGGAAAGGCAGCUCAUCAUGCAGAGUGAAAUGAGAGAAAGACAAAUGGCCAUGCAGAUCGCAUGGUCUCGGGAAUUCCUCAAAUAUUUUGGAACUUUUUUUGGCCUUGCAGCCAUCUCUUUAACAGCUGGAGCCAUUAAAAAAAAGAAGCCAGCCUUCCUGGUCCCGAUUGUUCCAUUAAGCUUUAUCCUCACCUACCAGUAUGACUUGGGCUAUGGAACCCUUUUAGAAAGAAUGAAAGGUGAAGCUGAGGACAUACUGGAAACAGAAAAGAGUAAACUGCAGCUGCCAAGAGGAAUGAUCACUUUUGAAAGCAUUGAAAAAGCCAGAAAGGAACAGAGUAAAUUUUUCAUAGACAAAUGAAAUCGUGUUUACCAAUCAAAUCUCAAAGCACAGAAUUACUGACUUGAAUCAUGGUUUUUACAGUUUUUUAAAUGCUCCAGAUUUUGAUAUUAUAGAUUUUAUUUUAAAAUAUUAAAAUGCAAGAUGAGUUUUGAGCUAUUUUAAAACAAAAUUUAUAACAUUCAACACAAAAUCAUGGAGGUGCUCUAAAUAACUUUCAGAUUUCCUCUCUCUGUGUGCAUUACCAAUCUGUAAGUAUAAAAUUAAUAAAUUGUUUUGAAUUCCUGGAA